AUAAUAAUAUUGUUAAUUUUAACCAAAAAGAUUUUUGAUAUCCGAUGAAAAUGAAUAAUUGGAAGCUGAGAAUAACGGCCUAUUUCAAUUUUUUUUUCUCCCAAAAUAAUAAUAUAUAAACAGUCAUAAAUUUAUUCCUUCUCUUCCGAUCAAAUUUGCUGCUAUGAAAUCCCUUGCCUCCGCUCGCCGCCUCUCCGCCGCCGCCUUCCCUGCGGCACUUCCCAUCCCCUUCCAUUCGAUCCCCGACUCGCGAGGCCGCGACCACGACUUCAUCUCCGUCGCCCACAGCCAUCUCCUUCAUGGCGAUUGGGAGGCGCUAAACGCGCUAGCGCCUUCCCUCACACCCUUCCGCACCACCCACAUCCUCCUCCGCCUUCGCCACGAUCCAAUCCUCUCCCUCGAGUUCUACCGCUGGAGCCUCACCCACGGCCCCCCCGCGGCCCACUCCCUCGACACCCACGCCAUCGUGCUCCACAUCGUCACCAAAUCCUGCCGCUACACCGUCGCGGACCGGAUCUUCCGGCAAAACGUGGUCCCUCGCACCCAGAACUCCACCUCCGAGCUCUUCGACGCCGUGCUCCGCACCUACCGCUUAUGCGACUCGUCUCCCGCCGUCUUCGACUCCAUGUUCAAGUCCUACUCCCACGAGAGGAAGCUCAGGAAAGCCAGCGAGACCUUCCGGCUGAUGCGGGACUACGGAUUCUCCCCCAAACUCAAAUCGUGCAACGCCUUCUUGAGCUCUCUGCUCGAUCGGGGCCGGGCUGACGUCGCGGUGGCCUUCCAUCGGGAGAUGCAGCGGUGCCGGAUCUCGCCCAACGUCUAUACCCUAAACAUGGUGAUAUCCGCCCUUUGCAAAUUGGGGAAAUCGGAGCAAGCUAUCUGCUUACUCGAGAGGAUGGAAGCGAUCGGGUGCAGUCCCACCGUCGUCUCAUUCAAUACCUUGAUCGACGCUCACUGUAAGAAAGGGAUCACAGAUCUUGCCUCGAAGCUGAAGAACACGAUGAUCAGCAAAGGCUUGCGGCCGACUGAGGUAACCUACAACACUCUCAUCCAUGGGUUCUGCAAGGAAGGUAAAAUGCGCGAGGCUUACAGAUGUUUUCGAGAGAUGAAAGCCGCCCAGUUGAAGCCGAACACGAUCACCUACAACACCCUGAUAAACGGUUACAGUGGAGUCGAUGAUAUAGAGAAGGGAUCGAGGCUGUAUGAGGAGAUGGUGACCAACGGGAUCGAGGUCGAUCUCGUCACCUACAAUGCUCUGAUAAAGGGCCUCUGCAAUGUCGGGGAAACGAAGAAGGCUGCUUGUUUGGUGAAGGAGCUCAAUGGCAAGAAUCUCGCCCCCAAUGGCAUGACCUAUGCUGCCCUCAUCGCUGGGCAAUGCAGGAGGAAGAACUCCGAGCGGGCGCUCGAGCUUUACAAGGCCAUGAACAGGAGGGGAUUCACACCGGACGGCGAUACGUUCGAGCUCUUGAUAUCGACCUUUUGUGAGAACGAUGAUUUCGAAGGCGCGGCUGAAGUGUUGAAGGAGAUGGCAAGGAGGCGCAUGGCGCUUGAUGAGGCAUUGCUCGCUAGACUUCUCGAAGGGAUUUCUGCUUCCGGAAAGACUCGUCUGGCUUCUGAAUUGCAGUCGAUUCUUGUCGGGACAAGGCUCGUUCCUGAAGAAACAAUUUGUAAAGCUGGUUCCUAAAUUCCUCUGCACAUUAAAUUUA